UUAAAAAGUUGAGACCAACGAACAGAACAAUCUGGCUCAACACCGAUGUUGUGGAGCAAAAUUGUGGCGCGUCCGUAAUCUAUUGUUUUGUUUUUCCCCUCUUUGGGAGGUUUUCUUAGACGCCGUUCUUUUCUUCUCUCUCUCCAUUUCGUCUUCAUUUCUUCUCCACGUGCAUUCCAAAAACCAAACCAAACCCUUUUUUUCUUCUUCUUCUUCUUCUUCUUCUUCGCUCGUUACUUCCCAUUGAAAACAAUCACAAUCACCAUCACCAUCAAACCCUAUCGAUUCCUAACCGCGUGAAACCGUCACUGAAUUUACCCUUUGAUUCCGAUGACGCGAUAAAGAUCUGAGUCUCGGUGGUGGAUCGGUUCGACGCGCUCACAAUGGGUGCUACGGGCUCCAAGCUUGAGAAGGCUCUUGGCGACCAAUUUCCUGAAGGGGAACGUUACUUUGGCCUUGAGAAUUUCGGCAACACUUGUUACUGCAACAGCGUUUUGCAGGCUCUAUACUUCUGUGUUCCUUUUCGUGAACAAUUGCUAGAGUAUUAUGGAAAUAACAAAAGCAUAACAGAUGCAGAGGAAAAUCUUUUGACUUGCUUAGCUGACCUAUUUUCACAGAUAAGUUCCCAGAAGAAGAAAACAGGUGUCAUUGCUCCAAAACGAUUUGUACAGAGGUUGAAAAAACAAAAUGAACUGUUCCGUAGCUAUAUGCACCAGGAUGCCCACGAAUUCUUGAACUUUCUGUUAAAUGAACUUGUUGACAUUCUUGAGAAGGAGGCCCAGUUUGCAAAAAAUGAUCAAGAGACAUCACCACCUUCUGAAAAGAUUGCAAAUGGACCAAAGAAUGGUCUAGCUAAUGGUGGUGUUAAAAAAGAGCCUUUAGUUACUUGGGUGCACAAAAAUUUUCAGGGAAUACUCACCAACGAGACAAAAUGCUUGCAAUGUGAAACAGUAACGGCAAGGGACGAAACAUUUUUUGACCUGAGCCUUGAUAUUGAACAAAACAGUUCGAUUACAAGUUGUUUGAAAAAUUUCAGUUCGACUGAGACGUUGAAUGCCGAAGACAAAUUUUUUUGUGACAAGUGCUGCAGCUUGCAAGAAGCCCAGAAGAGGAUGAAGAUAAAGAAACCUCCUCACAUUUUGGUCAUCCAUCUUAAGCGGUUUAAAUACAUGGAACAGCUAGGCCGCUACAAGAAGCUAUCGUACCGUGUUGUCUUCCCCCUUGAGCUCAGGUUGAGUGAUACUGUUGAAGAGGCAGAUAUUGAGUAUUCUCUAUUUGCAGUUGUUGUCCAUGUUGGGAGUGGGCCCAACCACGGGCAUUAUGUCAGCCUUGUGAAAAGCCAUAACCACUGGUUAUUUUUUGACGACGAAAAUGUUGAGAUGAUUGAUGAGUCUGCUGUUCAGACAUUCUUUGGGUCAUCUCAAGAAUAUUCCAGUAAUACAGACCAUGGUUACAUUUUGUUCUAUGAGAGCGUUGGCUCUGGUAACUGAAACUAGACCUAGAGUUUUAGGUGAUUGAAUCGUUUGGACUUAUUAAACCUUAUUCAAUCUGCUUGAGGUGUUAUAAAUCCAUGAGAGGAUACGGGUUGUGAAAAUGUUUACUUAGGUGGUUGGCAUGUACAGUGGAUAGUGGAAGCACUGUCCUCUUUUCACAAAUAAGAGCAGAUAGAGAGCAGUGUAUAUGGUAUGGUGAGAUUUUCAUUCACCAACAAUGUAUUCAUGGUGCUAAAUGUUCAAUUAAUUAGAAGCACAAAUCAAAGACAA